AUGGCGGACUUCUUCCAGGACUCUUAUACCCUUGACUCCCCUCGACCCCGAUUUGGACCCCGGGAAGACGAGGACGUCGAGGUGGAGGUCGACGUGUGUCGGUCCCCCUACCUCAGCAACCCGUCUAGCCCUGUCGACCUGACCUCCUCGGCAGGGCGAUGCGCCCCCGCUGAAGUUCUGCGCCCUUUUGCCGCCAUGGGCCUUCAUCCUGCCGCUUUUACGUGCCUCCAGCCUGCUAACCCGGGACAUGGAGGAUACGUCUCCAGUCACGCCGCCACCGCCUCCACCGCCGUCGGCGGGUGCACCUCCGCCGGCCCCACCAGGCCUGCUGCCACUGCCACCCCUGGCACUAUCACCACCACCGCCCCUCAUGGACAACCCAACAAAAGGGGACUUGCCUUCUCCGUCGAGAACAUCCUGGACCCCAACAAGUUCACCGGGGGGCGCGUCCUUCAUGGCCCUGUUAGGCAUCGCAGGAACCGCAGGAGUCGACGGCUUGGCACCACCGUUCAUGAAGAUGUGGACUCGCGGGGAGAGUUCGGCAGCGGCCAGGAGGAGGACGGAGCCCUGGACGCGGCAGAGGACCCAGAGGACGACAUGGCAGUGGAGGAGGAGGAGGAAGACGAGGACGCGUCGAUGCGCAGCCCCGAGGGGGACGGGGAGGGGCGAGACGCAGGGGCCUCCUCGACGUGCAAGAAGCGGUCGCCGUCGUCAUCGUCCAGCGGGCAGAGCCCUAGCAACGGGCCCGGGUGCCAGGUCGCAGGCUCGGGGAAGAGCCCCCCAGGAGGCCCGCAGGGGGGCGGCAAGCCUCGGCGCGCGCGCACGGCCUUCACCUACGAGCAGCUGGUCGCCCUGGAGAACAAGUUCAAGACGACGCGGUACCUGUCCGUCUGCGAGCGACUGAACCUGGCGCUGAGCCUGAGCCUGACGGAGACGCAGGUGAAGAUCUGGUUUCAGAACCGUCGCACCAAGUGGAAGAAGCAGAACCCAGGUCUGGACGUGAACAGUCCGACGGUGCCGACGACGCCGCCUCACCCGUCGCCGUACGCGCCGGCGUUUCUUUUCGCGGCCCACCCGCACCCCCACCCGCACCCGCACGCGCACCCGCACGCGCACGCGCACGUGCACCACCCUCCGCAUCCGCCCCCUCCACCGCCGCCGGGGUACUACCACCAUCCGGGUCCGUACCCCCCGUCGGGCCCUUUCUUCGGCCACCACCUCGCCGCCGCCUCCCCCGCCGCGCCCGCUCCCCCUACCUCGGUCGCGACCCCCACUCCCACCUCGCUAGCGCUGUCUCACUCGCACUCGCACUCUCACGCGCACCCGCAUGCGUAG